GGCCCGGGCUUCCUGGGCGCCGAUUCCCGGGACGCGCCGGCCGAGAGCAGGGGGGGUAGCAGCAGGGACCGCAGCAGCCCCCGCUUCCGCACCGCCCACCGGCUCGCAGAGAGUUGCGGGUGCUGAUCGUGGUGCUUGAGCAGAGCCGUGGUUGGUGACAGCAUGACGAGCGAGGUGAUAGAAGACGAGAAGCAAUUCUAUUCCAAGGCCAAGACCUACUGGAAACAAAUCCCACCCACGGUGGACGGCAUGCUUGGGGGGUAUGGCCACAUCUCCAGCAUCGACAUCAACAGCUCCCGGAAGUUUCUGCAGAGGUUUUUGAGGGAAGGCCCGAACAAGACAGGAACAUCCUGUGCCCUGGACUGUGGAGCUGGCAUUGGGAGGAUCACCAAGCGGCUGCUCCUGCCGCUGUUCAGAGAGGUGGAUAUGGUCGACAUAACGGAGGACUUCCUGGUUCAAGCCAAGACCUACCUGGGGGAGGAGGGCAAGAGGGUGAGGAACUACUUCUGUUGUGGGCUCCAGGACUUCACCCCAGAGCCGGACUCUUACGACGUCAUCUGGAUCCAGUGGGUGAUAGGCCACCUCACCGAUCAGCACCUGGCCGAGUUCCUGCGGCGCUGCAAGGGCAGCCUCCGCCCCAACGGUAUCAUCGUCAUCAAAGACAACAUGGCCCAGGAGGGCGUGAUUCUGGAUGACGUGGACAGCAGUGUGUGCCGGGACCUUGAUGUGGUCCGCAGGAUCAUCUGCAGCGCAGGCCUCAGCCUCCUGGCUGAGGAGAGGCAGGAGAACCUCCCCGAUGAGAUCUACCACGUCUAUAGCUUUGCCCUGAGAUGAGCCAGGGCUGGCAGGAGAAACUGAGGAACCACAGUCCGGGUGGGGGGAGCUGGCAGCUGGGCAAGAUCCAGGCGCCACGCUGGCGGUUCGUGAGUGUCGAGGCACCACUAAAUAUAGCUGUCUGCCGUCCACUCAU